AUGGACUGCUGCAGCACUACAGCACCGUACUCCAUCGAAGAUCCUCGCCAUCCACCAGAAUCCUUCUCCAUCGAAGCGGAUGAUUUCCUCGGCGGAGAAGGCAGCUGCGGCCUGCGGGCAUCCCAGUCCUGCCUGGCGGCGCGCAAGGGCGACGCGGCCGUCGGAGCCGGUCCAGAAGGCGAGGAAGCUGGCGUGGAGGGGCCUCUGACCUUGAGCUGUGCUUCACGCGGCUCCACUCCUUGUCCUGGUACGGCGAGCUGCGGCCAGCGGUCGGAGAGGAGCGGCGGCGCUUGGAGCCGCAGGUAA